UCGAGCUACCGCCUACUACAUGAGACGACAGCGAAGGUGAGAGAACGACCAUGAAGAUUGUCUUCGUCGCCGCCAUACUGACAGCGUGCAUUCCGUUGACAUACACUGCUCAGCUUAAAUACGCCCUAAAGAUCUGCGAGAAAAAGCCCCGUACAGUUAGUGAAGCAGCUUAUUGCAUGUACUACUGUGGCAAGGCUCCGGACGGCAAGUGGAAGUAUAACACCUACGAUGAUGGACUCAACUGUGAUUACCGCGGUACACAGGACGGAACAUGCUAUGGUGGAAUAUGCUACCAAAAGGACGGCCUUCCUACACCUGAGACUGAAGCAACAGGUGGAAAUGAAGGAAAUGAGGGUAAAGGCGAUAGAAACGAAUAUUCUUACACAUGGACGUACACUGACCGUCUUAAAAACGCCGUGAAGGCCUGCGGAGAAAGACGCCGCUCUGCCAGUGAAGCAGCCAACUGCAUCUACUUCUGCGGCCAGACCGAAAGCGGCGUGUGGAAAUACGGUACCUUCGACAACGGAAUUGACUGUAAUUACCAAGGUAGACUGGAUGGCACAUGCUAUAAUGGGUACUGCUUCCAAAAGCACUACAUUGCAACACAUGGGCGUGAAACUCACAGUGAACGGCUUAGGCUCGCCGAAAAGGUCUGCGAGAAGAGACAGCGUCCAAACAGCGAAGCGGCCGUUUGCAUGUACUACUGUGGCCGGACUCCAGACGGCGGGUGGAGGUAUAACACAUACGACGAUGGACUCGACUGUAACUACCGAGGUACAUCGGAUGGCAUAUGCUAUAAUGGGGUGUGCAACCAAAAGGGCUCCCUUGCAACACCUGGGCCUGAAACUUACGCUGAGUGGCUUAGGAACGCCGUAAAGGCCUGCGAAAAGAGACAGCGUUCAGACAGCGAAGUAGCCGUUUGCGCCUAUUACUGUGGCCGGACAGACGAAGGCAUGUUGAAGUAUAACACCUAUGAUGAUGGACUCGACUGCAAUUUCCGCGCUACACUGGACGGAACAUGCUAUGGGGGAGUGUGCUACCAAAAGGGCUCCCUUCCUACAGCUGCGACAACAGCGGAUGGAAAUAAAGGGCAGAAGGACAAAAACGACCAAACCGAAGAUUCCUAUGAAUGGACAUACAUUGACCGGUUUAGAAACGCCAUAAAGAUCUGCUCACACAGAGUCCGUCCCACCGACGAAGCAGCUUAUUGCAUGUACUACUGCGGCAAGACUGAAAGCGGCCUCUGGAAAUACGGCGCCUACGACGAUAGACUCGACUGUAAUUUCCGAGGUACAAGGGAUGGUACAUGCUUCGGUGGGAUCUGCUACAAAAAGGGAUUCCGUCCUACACUUGUGUAUCAAAACGUCACACAAGAGAACGGGCUGACUUACACGGACCGGCUUAUGAACGCUUCAAAGGAUUGCGAGAAGAAACAGCGCUCACACAUGGAAGCAGCUCAUUGCAUGUACUACUGCGGCCACACUACAAGCGGCCAGUGGAGAUAUGGAACCUACGAUGAUGGACUCGACUGUAAUUAUCGAGGCACCUGGGAUGGUACAUGCUACGGAGGGGUCUGCUACCAAAGGAGCUCGCUUCCUGUACCUGUACCCGGAACUCCAAAUGUUGUACGAGGACGAGGACACGCAAAUCGCCAAAGUGAAGGAAAGCAGCGAGGAGAGAAAAAGGAAGGUUAUUUUACAUGGACUUACACUCACCAGCUCAGGAACGCCGUAAAGGUCUGCGAGAAAAGACAGCGUUCAGUCGCCGAACAAGCCUAUUGCAUGUACUACUGCGGCCAAAAUGAAAACGGCCUGUGGAAAUACGGCACCUACGAUGAUGGACUCGACUGUGAUUACCGAGGUACAUGGGAUGGCACAUGCUAUGGUGGGAUCUGCUACCAAAAGGGCUUCGUUCCUACCCCUGGGUAUGAAACUGAAACUGAAACUGAUCAGUUUAGGAUCGCCGUAAAGGUUUGCGAGAAGAGACAGCGCUUAGACAGUGAAGCAGCCCAAUGCAUGUACUACUGCGGCCAUAGUGAAACCGGCCAAGCAAAUUAUGGUCCAUUCGAUGACGGGAUCGACUGUGAUUACCAAGGGAAUAGGGAUGGUGUAUGCUAUAGGGGAGUCUGCUACCAAAGAGGCUCCCCUCCUAAGCCUGGGCCAGAAACUGAAAUCGACAAGCGCAGGAACGCCAUAAGGGGCUGCGAGAAGAGACAGCGUUCAGACAGUGAAGCAGCCCAUUGCAUGUACUACUGCGGCCAAACUUCAAGCGGCUUGUUCAAAUAUGGCAUCUACGAUGAUGGACUCGACUGUAAUUACCGAGGGACCUGGGAUGGUACAUGCUAUAAUGGCCUCUGCUACCAAAAGGGCUCUCUUCGUGCACCUGUACCUGAAAUUGGAACUGAAGCUGAAGCUGAUCGUCUUCGGAAUGCCGUAAGGGCCUGCGACAGGAGACAACGUUCGGGCAGUGAAGCUGGCCAGUGCAUGUACUAUUGUGGCCAGACUGCAAACGGCGUGUGGAAAUAUGGCACCUACGAUGACGGACUCGAUUGUAAUAGUCGAGGCACAUGGGAUGGUACAUGCUAUGGAGGGGUCUGUUACCAGAAGGGCUCGCUUCCUGCACCUGGACCCGAAACUGAAACUGUGGCACGAGGACGAGAGCACGCAAAUCGGCAAGGUGAAGAAAAGAAGCGGGAAGGGGAAAGGGAAGGUUCGUUUACAUGGACUUAUAAUCACCAGCUUAGGAACGCCGAGAAGGCCUGCGAGAAAAGACAGCGUUCUGUUACCGAACAAGCCUAUUGCAUGUACUACUGCGGUCAAAAUGAAAACGGCCUGUGGAAAUACGGCACCUAUGAUGAUGGGCUCGACUGUAAUUACCAAGGUACAGGGGAUGGCACAUGUUAUGGUGGGAUCUGCUACCAAAAGGGCUUCGUUCCUACACCUGGACGUGAAACUGAGACUGACCGGUUUAGGAAAGCCGUAAAGGUUUGCGAGAAGAGACAGCGCUUAGACAGUGAAGCAGCCCAUUGCAUGUACUACUGCGGACACCAUACUGCAACCGGCCAAUCCAAAUAUGGUCCAUUCGAUGACGGGCUAGACUGUAAUUACCAAGGAACUGGGGAUGGUACAUGCUAUAGAGGGAUCUGCUACCAAAAGGGCUCCCUUCCUAAACCUGGACCUGAAACUGAAGCUGACCUGCACAGGAACGCCGUAAUGGACUGCGAGAAGAGACAGCGUUCAGACAGUGAAUCAGGCCAUUGCAUGUACUACUGUGGACAAACUUCAAGCGGCUUGUUAAAAUAUGGCAUCUACGAUGAUGGACUCGUCUGUAAUUACCGAGGUACAUGGGAUGGUACAUGCUAUGGUGGUCUGUGUUACCAAAAGGGCUCUCUUCGCGCACCUGUGCCUGAAAGUGAAACCGAAACUGACCGUGUUCGGAACGCCGUAAGGGCCUGCGAGAAGAGACAACGUUCGGAAAGUGAAGGUGGCCAGUGCAUGUACUACUGCGGCCAGACUGCAAGCGGCGUGUGGAAAUAUGGCACCUACGAUGAUGGACUCGAUUGUAAUUAUCGAGGCACAUCGGAUGGUACAUGCUACGGAGGGUUCUGCCAACAGAAGGGCUCGGUUCCGGCACCUGGACCCGAAACUGAAAAUGCAGCACGAGGACGAGGGCACGGAAAUCGGCAAGGUGAAGAAAAGAAGCGGGAAGGGGAAACGGAAGGUUCGUUUACGUGGACUUACACUCACCGGCUUAGGAACGCCGAGGAGGCCUGCGAGAACAGACAGCGUUCAGUUGCCGAACAACCCUAUUGCAUGUACUACUGCGGUCAAAAUGAAAACGGCCUGUGGAAAUACGGCACCUAUGAUGAUGGACUCGACUGUAAUUACCGAGGUACAUGGGAUGGCACAUGCUAUGGUGGGAUCUGCUACCAAAAGGGCUUCGUUCCUACACCUGGGCAUGAAACUGAAAGUGACCAGUUUAGGAUCGCCGUAAAGGUUUGCGAGAAGAGACAGCGCUUAGACAGUGAAGCAGCCCAUUGCAUGUACUACUGCGGCCAUACUGCAACUGGCCAAGCGAAUUAUGGUCCAUUCGAUGACGGGAUCGAAUGUAAUUACCAAGGAAAUAGGGAUGGUGUAUGCUAUAGGGGGAUCUGCUACGAAAGGGGCUCCCCUCCUAAACCUGGGCCUGAAACGGAAGCUGACAAGCGCAGGAACGCCGUAAAGGACUGCGAGCAGAGACAGCGAUCAGACAGUGAAGCAGGUCAUUGCAUGUACUACUGUGGACAAACUUCAAGCGGCUUGUUAAAAUAUGGCAUCUACGAUGAUGGACUCGACUGUAAUUACCGCGGAACAUCGGAUGGUACAUGCUAUGGUGGUCUCUGCUACCAAAAGGGCUCUCUUCGUGCGCCUGUGCCUGAAACUGAAGCUGACCGUGUUCGGAACGCCGUAAGGGCCUGCGAGAGGAGACAACGUUCGGAAAGUGAAGCUGCCCAGUGCAUGUACUACUGCGGCCAAACUGCAAACGGCGUGUGGAAAUAUGGCACCUACGAUGACGGACUCUAUUGUAAUUAUCGAGGCACACGGGAUGGUACAUGCUACGGAGGAGUCUGUUACCAGAAGGGCUCGCUUCCUGCACCUGGACCCGAAACUGAAACUGUGGCACGAGGACGAGAACACGCAAAUCGGCAAGGUGAAGAAAAGAAGCGGGAAGGGGAAAGGGAAGGUUCGUUUACAUGGACUUACACUCACCGGCUUAGGAACGCCGAGAAGGCUUGCGAGAAGAGACUGCGUUCAGUCACCGAAGAAGCCUAUUGCAUGUACUACUGUGGCCAGAAUCAAAACGGCCUGUGGAAAUACGGCACCUAUGAUGAUGGACUCGACUGUAAUUACCAAGGUACAUGGGAUGGUACGUGUUAUGAUGGAAUCUGCUACCAAAAGGGCUUCGUUCCUACACCUGGGCAUGAAACUGAAACUGACCAGUUUAGGAACGCCGUAAAAGUUUGCGAGAAGCGACAGCGCUUAGACACUGAAGCAGCCCAUUGCAUGUACUACUGCGGCCAUACUGCAACCGGCCAAUCCAAAUAUGGUCCAUUCGAUGACGGGCUCGACUGUAAUUACCAAGGGACUGGGGAUGGUACGUGCUUUAGAGGGAUCUGCUACCAAAAGGGCUCCCUUCCUAAACCUGGACCUGAAACUGAAGCUGAGCAGCGCAGGAACACUGUGAAGGACUGCGAGAAGAGACAGCGUUCAGACAGUGAAGCAGCCCAUUGCAUGUACUACUGCGGCCAAACUUCAGGCGGCUUGUUAAAAUAUGGCAUGUACGACGAUGGACUCGUCUGUAAUUACCGAGGAACAUGGGAUGGUACAUGCUAUGGUGGUCGCUGCUACCAAAAGGGCUCUCUUCGUGCACCUGUUCCUGAAACUGAAACUGAUGCUGACCGUGUUCGGAACGCCGUAAGGGCCUGCGAGAGGAGACAACGUUCGGACAGAGAAGCUGGCCAGUGCCUGUACUACUGCGGCCAGACUACAGGCGGCGUGUGGAAAUAUGGCACCUACGACGACGGACUCGACUGUAAUUAUCGAGGCACAUGGGAUGGUACAUGCUACGGAGGGGUCUGUUACCAGAAGGGCUCGAUUCCUGCACCUGGACCCGAAACUGAAACUGUGGCACGAAGACGAGGGCACGGAAAUCGGCAAGGUGAAGAAAAGAAGCGGGAAGGGGAAAGGGAAGGUUCGCUUACAUGGACUUACACUCACCGGCUUAGGAACGCCGAGAAGGCCUGCGAGAAGAUACUGCGUUCAGUCACCGAAGAAGCCUAUUGCAUGUACUACUGUGGACAGAAUCAAAACGGCCUGUGGAAAUACGGCACCUAUGAUGAUGGACUCGACUGUAAUUACCAAGGUACAUGGGAUGGAACAUGUUAUGAUGGGAUCUGCUACCAAAAGGGCUUCGUUCCUACACCUGGGCAUGAAACUGAAACUGACCGGUUUAGGAACGCCGUAAAAGUCUGCGAGAAGAGACAGCGCUUAGACACUGAAGCAGCCCAUUGCAUGUACUACUGCGGCCAUACUGCAACCGGCCAAUCCAAAUAUGGUCCAUUCGAUGACGGGCUCGACUGUAAUUACCAAGGAACUGGAGAUGGAACAUGCUUUAGAGGGAUCUGCUACCAAAAGGGCUCCCUUCCUAAACCUGGACCUGAAACUGAAGCUGACCAGCGCAGGAACGCUGUGAAGGACUGCGAGAAGAGACAGCGUUCAGACAGUGAAGCAGCCCAUUGCAUGUACUACUGCGGCCAAACUUCAAGCGGCUUGCUAAAAUAUGGCAUCUACGACGAUGGACUCGUCUGUAAUUACCGAGGAACAUGGGAUGGCAUAUGCUAUAGUGGUCUCUGCUACCAAAAGGGCUCUCUUCGUGAACCUGUGCUUGAAACUGACCGUCUUAGGAACGCCGUAAGGGAAUGCGACAGGAAGCAGCGCCCGGACAGUGAAGCUAGCCAGUGCAUGUACUACUGCGGCCAGACUGCAAACGGCGUGUGGAAAUAUGGCACCUACGAUGACGGACUCGAAUGUAAUUUCCGCGGUGCAAGGGACGGUACAUGCUAUGGUGGAAAGUGCUAUCAGAAGGGCUCCCUUCCUGCACCAGGGCCUGAAACUGAAACCGAAACUGACCGUCUUCGGAACGCCGUAAGGGCCUGCGAGAGGAGACAGCGUUCGAACAGCGAAGCAGGCCAGUGCGUGUACUACUGCGGCCAGACUGCAAGCGGCGUGUGGAAAUAUGGCACCUACGACGAUGGACUGGAGUGUAACUACAGAGGUACGUGGGAUGGUACCUGCUACGGUGGGGUCUGCUACCAAAAGGGUUCACUUCCUCCACCUGGACCGGGAACUCCAAAUGUGACACGAGGACAAGGACACGGAAAUCGUCCAAGUGAAGAAAAAAAGAAAGACGAGAAAAAGGAAGAUUCACUCACAUGGACUUACACUCACCGGCUGAGGAACGCCGUGAAGGUCUGCAAGAAGAGACAGCGUUCAAACAGAGAAGCAGCCUAUUGCAUGUACUAUUGCGGGCAGACAGACAGCGGCCUGUGGAAAUAUGGCACCUACGAUGACGGACUCCACUGUGAUUACCGUGGCAGCUGGGAUGGUACAUGCUAUGGCGGAAUCUGCUAUCAAAAGCACUCCAUUUUGACACCUGGGUCUGAAACAGAGAGGGUUAGGAAUGCCGUCAGGGCCUGCGAAAAGAGACAGCGCUCAAUCAGCGAAGCGGCCCAUUGCAUGUACUACUGCGGUCAGACUGCAAGCGGCGGGUGGAAGUACGGCAUCUACGAUGACGGACUCGACUGUAAUUUCCGAGGUACAGGGGAUGGUUCAUGCUAUGAUGGGCUCUGCUAUGAAAAAGGCUCCCCAACUACACCCGGACGUGAAAUUGAAAUCGGCGUUGUUAGGAACGCCGUAAAGGUCUGCGAGAAGAGGCAGCGUCCGGACGGCGAAGCAGCCCAUUGCAUGUACUUCUGCGGCAAAGCUUCGAGCAGCUUGUGGAAAUAUGGCACCUACGAUGAUGGACUGGACUGUGAUUUUCAAGGCACGUCUGACGGAACAUGUUAUGGUGGUGUCUGCACCAAAAAGGGCUCCCCUCCUGCACCUGUACCUGGAACGAAGGAAAAUAAGACCGAAGAUUCAUAUAGACCACCAUACAAUGACCGCCGUAGACACGCAGUAAAUGGCUGCAGGAAGAGGCACCGAUUGGCCACGGAACCACCCUACUGCAUAUACUACUGCGGCCAGACGGCAAGCGGCAUUUGGAAGUAUGGCAUGUUUGACAAUGGACUCGCCUGUAGCUUCCAGUUUGCACUGGAUGGAACAUGCUACGGUGGGAUGUGCUAUAAAAAUGGAAGCCUCCCGAGACGUGAAGUAGAAAAGACAGAGGAGGAAGUUAACAAUGAAGACGUCACUGAUUACUUCAGCACAGAAUGGAGCAUAGUGACAAAUGACAGGAGUCAAACUGGAGCCAAGAAAAGAAGAGGAGGUGGAAAGCAAAGAAGCUGUAAUACAACGAAACAAGUUGGGGAAGAGUAUGUUGAGGUCGAAGUUCAGGUUCAGGAAUAUGCAAGGACGAUGCGAAGGAAGAUGACGAGGAGAAGGAGGGUGAUAUUCUGAAUCCUCAAUACGUAGCGAAUCAAGCGGCAAAUAAAACCUUCCUGAUGGACCGCA